AUAUCGAAGCAUUUCAUUUCAAUACUUGUCAUAAUGCACUUGUUUUUAAUUGUCGUGAUAUUUUGUCCAAUAUUUUUAUGGCUGUUACAUCGUUGGAAUGAUCGAAAAGUUAUUUCGUUGGCCACAAAAGUUCCGUCGUAUAAAUUGCAGAUGCUGCUGGGAUUCGGACCUAUAACGACACAGAAAUCCAUCAUUAGUGAGAGUAUCACCGGCCACCAGAAACUUGGUCGAAAUAUGCUGAUGUAUAUGGGACCGUUUCCGUGUUAUUUCACAAUAGAUCCCGUUAUUAUUAAGGAUAUUUUGAACUCAAAACUAUGUCGCGAUAAAAGUGAUUUAACGUACACUGGUGUCAUAAAUGCCCUUGGCAAAGGAUUAAUAACCAUGAAGGGCUCGGAAUGGAUACCGCAUCGAAAACUGCUGAAUCCACCUUUUAAAGUUUCCAAUCAAAUUACAUUUCUACCGAUAUUUAAUCAAAAAGUUAACGGUUUAUUUGCGGCUAUGGAUCAGUGUGGCUAUAUGGAAAAUUCCCGUGAUAUUUUGAAAUUUUGUCGGGAAUUUACGCUUAACAUUACAUUUGAGACAAUGUUGGGUCACAAUGCCAGGGCGAAAAAUAUCGAUACAAAACAUAUUGCCAAGCUUGUAACGCACAUCACGGAGUAUAUAAGUGAAAUAACAUUUAAAUUUUUUUAUUUCAAUCCAUUGGUGCUCAAUUUGGCUCACCGCACCAUAUUCAGGGAAUGUCGGGAGACCAUUGAAUAUGUAAAGGGCGAAAUUGACAAGAUAUUGAAAUCUUUUUCUACUGGCCAACAUGAUGCGGGCUAUUUGGAAAACUUGUACACUGCCAUCCAUUGUUUAUAUGAGAGCCUCGAAAAUAAUGAGACCCCUCGCGAAAUAAUCAUUUCGGGCAUGAUACAUUUAUUUAGUGGGGCAUUUGAAACCACCUCAUCUUCAAUAUAUUUUACAGUCCUCAUGCUGGCCAUGCAUCCGGAAGUUCAGUCGAAACUCUUCUCCGAAAUCUGUGAAAGAUUUCCCGAGAAUGAUGAUGGAAACAUGGAAGUGACCUAUGAACAUUUGUCACAGCUACCCUAUUUGGAUAUGGUCCUCAAGGAGACAUUACGCUUGUUUCCUGUAGUACCACAAAUUGCACGACAAGUUUCUGGUGGAAACGUACGAUUGAGUAAUGGGGUUGUUUUGCCCGAGGGACUUAAUGUUAUGUUGAAUAUUUUUCUUCUACACCGUGAUCCGCAGAUAUGGGGUCCAAAGGCCAAUACCUUUAAUCCGGAUAAUUUUUUACCCUGCAAUGUGGAGCAACGUCAUCCAUAUACCUACAUGCCGUUUUCAAAAGGAACGAGAUCUUGUAUUGGUAUGCGUUACGCUGAAAUGAGUCUUAAAGUAACAAUGGCUAAAAUAAUCAAGCGGUACAAGUUUUCAACAACUGCCAAGAUAGAAGACUUUGAAUGGGAAAAUCAUAUUUCGUUGCAUUUGGUUAAUAAUCCACCACUAACUGUUGAGAGGAGGUGAUUUACAAAAUAAUACCCGACACAAAUGUGCGGGGAAAUAUUCUCCCAGGAGGCUAAUCAAUCAAUACUAUAUGAUAUUUUACUAAGUUGACAUAUUCUGCGUUACCAUCAAGCCAGGGAUUUAAGACGGGUGUGGAGAACCAAUUCUUUUUCCAAUUUAUUAAAAUAAGAAGAAACUGAUCAGGAAAACUAAAUAUGAAAAAUAAAUAAUUGUUGUUGAGGUGGAGGUCUUCUAUCGGCUAUAGAA